CAGCAUUACCUCGCACAAACACCCGGCUGCACAACCCUGGUGUCAAAAACUUGUUUUUCCCUUUAUCUAUAAGCUAUGUCAAACCGCGCCAACGCAGGUGGCUGGUUGAAAGGAAAGACCGUCCGGAAAGGUGGCAUAACAUCCAAUGCACACACCGCUCGCUCCAGCACACCUCAAGUUCAGAGCACUUCCUCUACCCUUUUCAGCGGGGGCGUUAAAGAUGCAUCUGGGCGAACUACAGAAUAUUUCUCCAUGGAUGACCAAUGCCCUGUAUGCAAGUCUGAUCGGUACUUAAACCCCAAGCUCCGUCUUCUUGUCAGUUCUUGUUACCACAAAAUGUGCGAGUCGUGCAUCGACCGCUUGUUCACCUUAGGACCCGCACCGUGUCCUAUCUGCCAAAAAGUCCUACGAAAGCUUGCAUUCACUCCACAGACUUUUGAAGACCUUACUGUGGAAAAAGAAGUCGCCGUGCGCAGACGAAUAGCCAAGGAGUUCAACAAACGACGCGAAGACUUCUUCGAUCUUCGCUCCUACAAUGAUUAUCUUGAAGAGGUAGAAGAUAUCACUUUCAACCUUAUCAACGACGUCAACAUUGCUCAGACUGAGGCUCGGAUACUCGCUCAUCGACGUGAAAACGCAGCUCUUAUAGAACUCAACUCUCAGCGGGAAGAACAAUACGCGCAAGCUUUAAAGGAACAAGAAGAGCUAGAACGCCAGGAGAAAGAACAGCGUGCACUAGAGCUGCGAAGAGAACAGGAGAUAGAGCGUGAAGAACGAGAAACAGCCCAACGCGAGAUCAUCGAUCGCCUCGAGACUAGCACAAAGAGUGCUGCCAAGGUCAUCGCCAAAUCUCGUGCCGAAGCAAUGAAGAGAUCAUCCGCUCGUUCUACUACUACCACGGUUCUAAGAAGCAAUGCCCAACUCCUGCGUGCACGCGCUGCUCAAAGUACUGUUAUUCCAGAUCCACCACAUGUCCCCUUGCAGGACGAUUGGUAUGCUUACGACGAUCUCUACACGAUCCGGGACCAGUACGACGAUAUGUACAGCGACGCAGUGAGGAAGGAUCGUGAAGGAAUCAUGAGAGCGGGAGGAUAUCGGGUCGAAGAAGCUUGGGACAGAGCUCUCAGGUGUGCUGUUGCUGGAUUGGAUUUGCUACCUCUGUCGGGGCUGAACCCAUCACCUGCACGGACUGACAGUAUCGUAACACCCGCCUGAAAAUCGAUUGCAGUGUUUGUUCCGCAUUGAUGUAUCAAGUCAGCUAUGACAAUUCUAAUACUCCAUCCCAGGAA